GACAUCGGGCUGCAGGGAGGGGGCGGAGUCCGGAGGGGGCGGAGUCAGACGGGUCGCUCAGUACCGAUUCUCCAGCCUGAUUCGUAGUUUUACACCGACCAGCCGGACCGCUCUGCACGGUAGUGGCUGAAGAAAAGAUGGAGGUCAACACCAGUGUGUCCAAUGGAGCAGGGCCUGUAUACGAGGGGAAAGAAGACACCCUCAGUCCUGAGGAUCUGUCCGAGGUGUUGGCAGCGGGGACUAAGGAGGUUCACGAAAAGGCAGAAAACACCCAGUUUGUGAAAGAUUUCCUUAAGGGACGCAUCCGCAAAGAGCUCUUCAAGCUUGGCGCCGUGGCACUCUACUACACUUACACAGCCAUGGAGGAGGAGAUUGAAAGGAACAAAGACCACCCCCAUUUUGCCCCUCUAUAUUUCCCUACAGAACUGCACCGCCAUGAGGCCCUGGCCCGGGACCUUGAGUACUUUUAUGGCCCCGACUGGCAAAACCAGGUCAGCUGCUCCCAGGCCACCCGGCGCUAUGUGGACCGUAUUCAUGAAGUCGGGCGGAAGGACCCGGUUCUGCUGGUGGCCCACGCCUACACCCGCUACAUGGGGGACCUGUCCGGGGGGCAGGUGCUGAAGAAGGUGGCGCAGAGGGCCAUGAAGCUGCCGUCCACCGGGGAGGGCCUUGAAUUCUAUCAGUUUGAAGGCAUCCACAGUGCAAAAGCAUUCAAGCAGCUGUACCGUAGUCGGAUGAACGAGCUGGAACUGGAUAUGGAAACAAAGAGGAGGCUGGUAGACGAGGCUGUCAAGGCCUUCCAGUUCAACAUGGAGGUGUUUGAGGAGCUGGAGGAGAUCGGCAAAACCAUCCAGGAGGACGUGUUAGACGCUGGCACGCCCGUCCACGGAGCGAUGGGUGGAGACAUCAACAAGUGUCCCUACUACGCUGCCAAAAUGGCGGCAUCUGGAGGGACAGCCUACGCCUCGCAGCUCGCCAUGGCCGUCCUCCGACACCCGACCGGGCAGGUUUUGGUUGCCACUUGGUUCGCCGCUCUGGCGGGAUUGGUCGCCUGGUAUCUCAUGUGAUGCGGUGCCGCCGCCGACCCGUGUCCCUCUGCUGUCGGGAUGAGAAAGGACAGCGACUCCCAUCCAGUCGUACGCCAUUUCCUAGUUUCACACAAACGGGUCCAUGUUCAUUCAAUGUCGCGUCUUCGCCCCACGAGAGCAGCUGACUGGUAAAUAAACUCUCAGCUGAAUCUUUCCCGUCAAAUGAUUGGUAGAACCAUUUAGUCGCCAUCUUCAACCAUCGUGCCACCAUUUAUCUUCCUGUCUUUUUAUUCCUCCACCUCCUCUGCACUAAUCCUCCAUAAAUGUUAAUACCUAACUUAUGAGGGCGGUGCGUUGCCUCCCCAUUUCAAAUUGACCGCCAGGUGGGCGAGCAAAGUGACGUAGAAGCUGCCUGCGUGCGACUGUCUGAACACGGGUCAUUUUUCAGUUAUGAUCAACUGAUUAUCCACAUUGAUUCACGGUGAAGCAUACUAUGCAUAUGUUAUGCACGGUAAGUGUGCUUGGCAUGAAUAUAAUAGCAAGCACACUUGUUUUUGCUGGGCAGACUGCCGUGUUGAAUUUGAAUGCAGCCUUCUAUUUUUUCUUUUUUUGCAUUCAAAGAUCCUUUUUCGACCAGAGAGGAGAAGUAACUGUAUGAGUCAAUAAUACUACGGUAUUUUUUUCACCUCUACACAAAAACAAUAUGGCACACCUACACUGGUACGUGGAUGAUAAUUAACAUAUUUCAGUGAACAUACUAGAUCUCUGAAUCAGAUGCACGUUCAAAUGUACGAUUUCUCUGUUUCAGAAUGUUAUGAAACUGUUUUAUUAUGACAAAAAAAACAAACAGUUGUUUUAUAUGCAGAGCUUAACUAUACAAGAUGGAUGAUUUAGUCUGACCUGCCAAAGGAGCCUAUAUUAGGACCGGGGUGUUCACAGCUCUUUUAAAAACAAAAUUAUCUCAUUCUAAUGUAAAAGAUUGUCUACAUGAAGGCUAGAUAUCUCCGCGAUAGAUGGAGAACUACGUCAGCGCGCCCAGACCUUGUUUAUGUAUCCAUAUGUCAUGGAUAUACCUGCACGUAUCAUCACUAACUCUAACCAUUAUUCAUUUUUCGUUCAUACUGUAAGUGUGGGAUGCACAACUGUCUUUUAAACACAGAUAAGGAGGAUUAUAUUGUUCUGCGUGUAAAUGCUUGCGGUGUCAUUGGACCGUGUUGCGAUUAAUGUUUAAUAUUUAUCCUCAUAGUUAUCCAGUGCACUUUGACUGUUGCUUCUUCUCGCCAAGCCUGUUGUUUAUUUAGCUUGGAUCAGUUGGAUGCAGAGUACCAAAGGAAACCCUGCAGGAGAAAACCUUUCAAAGAGCGCCCUGUGCUCCGCGUGUUUGCACGUUGUGUAGUUUGCAUGCACGAGAUUCUUUCAUUAGAUUCGAGCAGACGUGUAAACCGAUGUGAGGAUGUGUUCUCAGGUUCAUGUUGAAGUCAGAUGAAAAUACAAUGCGAUGUAUAUGGAGGAAGGUUACGGGGACGGCUUUAGCUCAACGUCCGUGUUUUAUUCUAUUGUAUUUUUGGAUGCCAGUGAGACGUGUCGUAAUGCUACAGUAUUUCUGGAUGCACACAGGAGACUAUUUCAUGAAUCUCAGGAGUUUUGGUCAUUGAACCUCAGAUUAAACCCAGAGGGAACCUUGAAUUAAUGUUGAAUUUGAAUUUGUUUUUAACAACUCUGCUCUUAAUCUCGUGUAUUUGACUGCAGAAAAGCUUUUUUGGGUUAGGGGAGAAAUGAUUUCAGCCCCUGGAGUACGUUCUCUUUAAUAUGAAAUAAACAAUCUUUUCCUGUUCCAUAAAACAAAGGUGAUUCCUUGAAACUGUUUGAAAUCACAAUAAAAAUGUUAAUAAAUGA